UUAUGUGUGUUGAGAAACUCUUUUACACACACAAUCAGCUGUGAAGUUAUAAAGGAAAUGCUCAUGAUCUGGGUAAUUUGUGACUGCUGACUGCAGUGGCAUUACUGAGGUGUUUGACUUCUGGCACACUGCAGCUCCUCAGAUCUCUUCAGUUACGUGUGUUUAUGGGUUGGACAGCUCCAGUGUUUUAAGUAAGCAUGGACAAACCAGUGUGCCUGAUCAACACAGACUCAGAUGGGAAGCUGUAUGUGCAGCCGGCGGCACUGCAGGUCUUGCAGCAGAUCCAGCAGCCGGUGGUGGUGGUGGCCGUGGUGGGUCUCUACCGCACCGGGAAGUCCUACCUAAUGAACCACCUGGCUGGGAAACAAACAGGAUUUGCUCUGGGCGGCACUAUUGAAUCCAAGACAAAGGGCAUCUGGAUGUGGUGUGUGCCCCAUCCCACUAAAACAGGAACCACUCUCGUGCUGCUGGACACUGAGGGACUCGGAGAUGUGGAAAAGGGUGACUCGAAGCAUGACACCAACAUCUUCUGUCUGGCUGUGCUCCUGAGCAGCACUUUGGUUUACAACAGCCGUGGGACGAUCAACAACAGGGCCAUAGAGGAGCUCCAAUAUGUUACUGAACUAACAGAGUGCAUCAAGGUCAAAUCGUCAGAUGAAGAUGUUGAUGAUUCCACUGAGUUUGUAAAAUUCUUUCCUAGUUUCAUCUGGUCUGUGAGGGACUUCACCCUCGAGCGAAAGAUUGAUGGCAAAGAUGCCACAGAGGAUGAAUAUCUAGAGUUUGCUCUGAAGCUGAAACCUGGCACUUCGAAAAAAAUAACAAGCUUCAACCUUCCCAGGGAGUGCAUUCAAAAAUUCUUUCCCACCAGGACAUGCUUCACUUUCCCAUUUCCAACUGCUCCAGAGAAAAUGUCCACUCUGGAGAGCUUGAGUCCUGCUGACCUUUCCACUGAGUUCCUGGAGGUCACCAAACGUUUCUGUAAGUUUGUCUUUGACAAGAGCGAAGUGAAGCGAUUGAAAGAUGGACACACGGUCACUGGCAGAGUUCUGGGUAAUCUAACAAAGAUGUACGUGAACACAAUCUCCAGUGGGGCUGUGCCUUGUCUGGAGAAUGCAGUGAUUGCCAUGGCCCAGAUUGAGAAUGUGGCCGCAACGCAGGAGGGUCUGGAGGUGUACCAGAGAGGAAUGGAGAAGGUUAAGUGCUCCUUCCCCCUGGAGCUGGAGCAAGUCUCCUCAGAGCACCAACGCCUCAGCAGCAAGGCUACGCAAGCCUUCAUGGCUCGAUCAUUCAAGGACACUGAUGGGAAGCACCUGAAGGUUCUUGAGGUAGGCUAGAUCUUAACCAAACAAUAUGCCCUGGCUCACCAACAAACUAGUCUUGCAUAGACUGACCUUUGGCUGCUUUGAAUGGUCAAGGAAUGAUCCUUGUUUUAUAAAAGCGGAAAUGGUUUUGUUGUCAUUUUGAGUUAAAAGUAAUUAUAAAAGGCCCUAUAGUAAAUAGUUUUCUCACUUUUAAUUGUAUAAUAGUAUCACAAUAUUUGAAGGUUUUUCCUCUCGUGAAUUUACACAAGAAAAGCAGGCAAACAGUAAAUUUAAGAUCUGAAAAAGGUA